GCCGCGCUCCUGGCUCGGCGGGUCCGGAUCGGGAUCGGCCUCGAGCGGGGGGCCCGGGCGGCGGCUGCGGCGCCGCCUCCUGCUCCGCGGCGUCCACUCGCACCCUCGGAGAGGGGCUCGCGCUGCCCCCGGGGGAGGGCGGUCGGGCAGGGACACCUUCAGCCGCCGGCAGCUCCGCACUCCCCGCUACUGGGAAGCUCUCGAGCCUCGCUGACUGCUGCCGGGCGUCCGACCGGGCUACUAGCAGAAGAUGGUGGAUCGAUUGGCAAACAGUGAAGCAAAUACUAGACGUAUAAGUAUAGUAGAAAACUGUUUUGGAGCAGCCGGACAACCCUUGACUAUUCCUGGACGAGUUCUUAUUGGAGAAGGAGUAUUGACUAAGUUGUGUAGAAAGAAGCCAAAAGCAAGGCAGUUUUUCCUAUUUAACGAUAUUCUUGUCUAUGGCAAUAUUGUCAUUCAGAAGAAAAAAUAUAACAAGCAGCAUAUAAUUCCCCUGGAAAAUGUCACUAUUGAUUCCAUCAAGGAUGAGGGGGACCUACGGAAUGGAUGGCUUAUCAAGACACCAACUAAAUCAUUUGCUGUUUAUGCUGCCACAGCUACUGAAAAAUCAGAAUGGAUGAAUCACAUAAAUAAGUGUGUUACAGAUUUACUCUCCAAAAGUGGGAAGACUCCCAGUAAUGAGCACGCUGCUGUCUGGGUACCUGACUCUGAGGCAACUGUGUGUAUGCGUUGUCAGAAAGCAAAAUUUACUCCCGUUAAUCGUCGUCACCAUUGUCGCAAAUGUGGCUUUGUUGUGUGUGGGCCCUGCUCUGAAAAGCGAUUUCUUCUGCCUAGCCAGUCUUCUAAGCCUGUGCGGAUUUGUGAUUUCUGCUUUGAUCUGCUUUCUUCUGGGGACUUGGCUACAUGUCAGCCUACUAGAUCAGACUCCUAUAGCCAAUCGCCUAAGUCCCCUUUGAAUAAUGUAUCUGAUGAUGAAGAUGAUGAAGAUAGUAGUGACUAAAGAUAUGAAAGUAUUUUCAGAAACAGAAUUGAGUGUGAUCAGAGAUAUCUGCUUUGGGGGUGAUUUAUUAUUGUGGCCUCCAGAAAUUUCAUUCUAGCCAUAAAUUUACCUGAGAAACUUCCAACCUAUGUGCCUCAGUAUAUUCUAUAGAAAAUGGUUUCACUCUUCUGCAGGGAUAGACUAUUACAAAUGUAUCACAUAAUUUUCCACCUUCUUGUACUUGAGUUUUUCUAGACUAUCCUUUUCGUAUAAGGUUGGAAAAAUUCAGUUAGCUUUUUAAAAAAUUAAUAAAUCAUAUGCUAUGUUGAUAUUUUCAUCAUUUCUGUAUUUUGGUAUAAAAGAAAAUUAAAGCAUCAUAAAAUUAUGGAAAACUGAAUGUACUUUUGAAUUAAUAAGUUAUUUACAUAAGAUUAGUUUUUCUAACCAUACUAUCUAGUGAUUAAGGCCCCCUAACAAACAUAAGUUGUCAUUUAUUUGGCAUGACUUUGUUUUAUUUUUGAUUUUGUAUGCCAUGUAGUGCCUUAAAUUGAUAGCACAGUUACAGGAAAUAAGCCCCUAUGUUCUCACUUUUUCAAAUGUUGUAAACAAGAGAAAAACCCAUUGGUGCUAUUUGAGAUAAAUAUCACAAAAUUAAUUGCUUACGAAAGGAAGUCCUAACCAUGGCUUCCAAUUUGGAGGUAGUCAUUUCCACAUGGGCAGGUUUGUCCCAUAAAAUAGUUUAGAGCGAUUAUAUUCUUACGUUUUUAUAGGUACCAAAUUGUAUUUGACAAGCCAGAAUUUUACAUUAAUAAGGCUGUCAAGUUUAAGAAUUUACUUUCCAAUUUAUCAAGUUUAUUUUAAGCCUUUUCAGUACUGUUAGUCUCUAAUUUUAGUAAGAAUUAUUUUAAAAAGUAAAUUGAAUGGCUUUAAAAGUUGAAACUAAAAUGAAAAAUUUCCCUCUGAUUCAGUGAUAAAUGAAUGAAAAGUAACUUGUUAACAAUGGAAAAGGAACUUGGGCCUGAAAAGUUGGAAUUAAAUAAUUUGCAUAAAUGAUCAGUGCAGAAAAUAUCUUUAAUAUACUUAAAUUUGAACAGAUUUCUAUCUUUAGAGGUCUUCUUAGCCCAGUAUAAAAUAAACGUUGAACUUAAAAUUAAUAGUAUGCUAGGUUUUGUAAAGUUUUGUAAAAUCCCAAACUAUAUUUCUAUUUUUGUAAAAUGGUAGUAUGUUUAAUUUGUUUCUGAUGUCUUUUUUGAAAUCCAUGAAAAUAGAGUAGCAAAUGAUCUUUCAAAAUUGUGAGCUUUGCUCAGUGUGGGUUAUUUUUGAGAAGUGACCAUUUCUGCACUGUUUGCAAACUUCGAGGUAACCAUUAGGUCAAAAGUAUAUUUAUUGAAUAAACCUGUAUGUGUAUUGCACUAGUUUUCCUGUUUGUAUGCUGGAGAUAACUAUAGUGGUUUUUUGUAUAUAAAAAUAAUCAGUUUAAAGUGUAUAAACUAUAA